AUGAAGCACUCAAUAGGUGGCGCGCUGCGUAAUCGCAGCAAUCGCUCUUCUUCAGAGGACACACGCGAAGCCGCGGAUGAGGACACUAUGGUUAUCGAACCCGAGCAGGGAAACAUCCUGUUACACAUCAUCUCACAAUUGCGCCCUGGCGCCGACCUGUCCAGAAUCACCCUCCCGACCUUCAUCCUCGAGGAAAGAUCGAUGCUAGAAAGAAUAACAAAUUUUAUGGCCCAUCCUGAUACCCUUCUCCCGAUGCCUUCUAUCGACGACCCGAUUGAACGAUUUAUCUCGGUUGUCAAGUUCUAUCUGAGUGGCUGGCAUAUCAGACCUGCUGGUGUCAAGAAACCCUUGAACCCGAUCCUCGGGGAAGUGUUCACCUGCUGGUGGGAAUAUCCAGACAAGACGCGAGGUUACUAUAUUUCGGAACAGACGUCCCAUCAUCCCCCAAAGUCGUCAUAUUUCUUCAUGGCACCGCACCACCAUAUUCGGGUUGACGGUACUUUGAAGCCCCGCAGCAAGUUUCUGGGCAACUCGGCGGCUAGCAUGAUGGAAGGCAUAUCAUACUUGAGAUUCACAAACCGGGGAAAGUCCAAGGGUGGAGAAAAAUACAUCCUAACGCAACCCAACAUGUACGCCCGUGGGAUACUCUUCGGCAAGAUGAAAUACGAGCUGGGCGACCAUUCCUACGUGCGAUGUCCGGAGAAUGGGCUGGCAGCAGAUAUUGAAUUCAAAACCAAGGGCUGGGUAGGGGGCACCUACAAUGCUAUUGGAGGGGUUAUCAGAAAUGAGCGAACUGGAGAAGUCCUCUAUGAAUUGUCAGGAUACUGGUCCGGGGAGAUGACGAUCAAGAAUACCAAAACCGGACAGAAAAAAUUGCUCUUUGACGCCACACAUGCCAAACAUGCCCCUCCUUUGACCCGGCCAAUUGAAGAACAGGGCGAACGCGAAUCGCAAAGACUUUGGAAGUCGACGGUGCAGGCAGUGCACGCGAGGGACCAUGAAGUUGCUACAGCCGAGAAAGCCAAAAUUGAAGAUCGGCAGCGAGAAGAGGCCAAGCGAAGAGAAGAACUGGGUGUUGAAUGGAAGCCCAAAUUGUUCCGGCGGGUGGAUGCACGGCCUGGAUCGCCUGAAGAAGGCGAGGAGGAUCUGGAGUGGAUCAUUAAUGCGCACUUGGAUCCCAAAGCCUCGCCGGAUGAGCUUGUGGAAAAGAUCCUCUCAAUAGCGCCUAUACUUCCAGGCCAAAUUGCAACCUCCGACCAAGAAACGAGGCGCCACUCUCUCGUGCAGAAUGAACAUGGCUCUCAUCAAGCAGGAGGUCAUCUGCACGCCUCGGACAAUCUGAUUGAUUUCGAUUCCCGACCCCCAAGCACAGCGCCGCCGGAGAAACAUUCGACACAAGGGAACUCACAAUCACAACAUACUGAACAGCAAAAGACGGCGAAUUUGAUGGAUGAUGACCAUGAAGAAAUGUCUCAUAUGAAUAACCAAAUGUCGAAAAUGAACAUGCACGAGGCAAUGGUACCAGAAGGCCAAAAACCACUGAGAAGGGCAGACACAGACACUAGCGAGGUGGAUCUGUUUGUUGAUGCCGAAAGCUGA